AUGUCGCAGUCAUUCAGCGACCCAACCACCCUUGACAAGACAUUCCACCUCGACGCCUCAACACAUACCUUCGAUAUCAAAUGGACCUCACUCGGCUCUCCAUCCUCACCACCACUCAUCUUCAUACACGGCACUCCCUGGUCCUCUCGGGUCUGGGCACCCUUCGCGUUGGCUCUAUCGCAUAGGUACCAUGUUUACCUUUUCGACAACCCCGGGUUUGGAGAUUCGCCCAUCGAGCAACCACUGCCCAAUGUCAACUUCAAACCAAAGAAGCAAGUCGAGAAAUUAGACAGCAAUCUCGCCCGCCAAACCUCAGCCUUCGCCGCCCUUUUUACUUACUGGCAGGCGACCGAGGAAUGGAAGACAGAUCCACACGUCAUCGCCCAUGACCACGGGGGGUUGAUGAGUCUUCGUGGCUACCUACUGCACGAUCGUCGGUACAAGAGCCUCUGUCUUAUAGACGUUGUCGCUAUCGGUCCUUUUGGCCAGCCCUUGUUCAAAAGCGUCGCGGAGAACCCUGAGGCUUUCGAAAAUUUGCCCAACAUGGCAUUCGAAGGUAUCCUCGAAUCUUAUAUCCGCAACGCCGCGCACACUGAGCUGGAUGGUGAGACGAUGAGGAUGCUCAAAGAACCAUGGCUGACGGAAGGUGGCAAGAGAGGCUUUGUUCGGCAACUAUGCCAAGCUGCUUACCGGAGUACGGAGGAAGUUGAGGGACGGUAUGCAGAGGUGGGGAAGAAUCUGCUUGUGAAAGUCAUUUGGGGAAAACAGGACAACUGGAUCCCUGUGAAAGAUGCACAUAGGCUUGGAGAGGCGCUGGGUGCGAAGGAGAUAGUGGAGGUUGAGGGGGCUGGGCAUCUAAUCAUGUACGAUCAGCCUGGGCAGUUGGGAGUUGAGCUGGGUAUGUGGUUAACUUCGGCCGAUACAUGA